GAUCUGAUAUGCAAUGCUUCGGUUAGUGACAGGCUGUAGUCGAAUAUCCCCUUCAAUCGUUGUGGCUCGAAGUAUUCUUAAUACCGGCUUGCGAUGGAGCAGUAGCGGCGCAACACUGGUUUACCCGCCGUCACCCUCAGCUCAGCACUCUGACUUGGCAACUUUCUUAUCAUAUUCAAAACGCACAGGGCUGGACGAAAAGUCGACAGUGUAUGUAGGAACGCAUUAUGAAUACACCGUGGCCGAUACUUUGACCAAGUACGGCUUUUCGCUGCAAAGAGUGGGCGGCGCAUCAGACUACGGCAUCGACCUACUUGGAACAUGGGCUGUCCCGCCCCCAGAUCAGGCUGGCGGUGCCAAUGGACACGGCGAGGAUACUAUACGGAUGAUCAUUCAGUGCAAGGCGGGCGGGAGUCAACGGUCAGGGCCGCAGCAUAUACGUGAGCUCGAGGGUGCGUUUGCUGGUGCUCCUCCAGGCUGGCGUACCUCUGCCCCUGGGGCUGGGCGCGUCAUGGCCCUUCUGGUAGCAGAGAGAGCUGCCACAAAGGGUGUACAGGAUGCUCUAGGCCGCAGCAAGUGGCCAAUGGGAUAUGUCUUUUGCGAAGGCAACGGCUCAGUCAGGCAGAUACUAUGGAAUGCGCGGGCAACUGAGCUUGGGCUGGAGGGCGUGGAGAUUGGGACACGGCACGUUGGCGGCGAAAAGGAGCUGGUGAUAAUGAGGCAGGGCAGACGGGUUGCUUUCAAAAGCUAAAUAUUUGGAGAAAUUUUGUGUAAAUACGUGUAAUAUUACCAGUCUUUUAUAUAUUGCUACGGGUCUUUUCACAGGCGACUUUUAUUCGUCUGAUCCAUCAGGAAGGGCCUAACUCGGCGCAGCAUAGCAUAGGGUAGCGCGCAUGACCGGCG